UCCAGUAGUUAUUCAGUUCUCAUCGGUGUUGCUCAUAUUCUGCUAUACCUAGUUAGACAUUAAUUUAAUUUUUAAAAAUGAUUUUCUGUUUGCUUAUUUGUUUUUCUGUAAUGGUAGGCCCAAUUAUUUGUCUACCAAGAUCUGCUGUGGUACAUCUCAUUUCUGAAGAAGUCACAGGCAGCAUAACCUUCACGGAGGUUGAUGAUGGUGUGCAUGUAAAAGGCACUAUACGUGGCCUCGAAGCUGGUAAUUAUGGGUUCCACAUUCAUGAGCUUGGAGAUACAAUAACUUGUGACGCGGCCGGUGCUCAUUUAAAUCCAGAUGCAACCAACCAUGGCGGAAGGGAUCACACAAUCAGACACGUGGGGGACCUUGGCAAUAUUCAGUUCGUGGGGACAGGGAUCGGCGUGGCGGAAGUGGACUUUGUGGAUAAAGUAAUUGCUCUUCGCGGCCGGAACAAUAUCUUGGGGCGCACUUUAGUUCUACAUGGACAGGAAGAUGAUUUGGGCUUGGGUGGACACGAAACAUCUCUCACAACCGGAAAUGCAGGGUCACGAGUUGUAUGCGCUGUCAUUGGUGUGAAUUCUCCGGUCGAAGCAUGGGUAGAUGAAUAAAUAAUAAGAAAUGUAAUUAAAUUAAUAAAUAUAUUUCAAAAUAUAUUAAAA